CUUUCACUUCCUUGUUCGCCCAUUUGGGAUUCGCUUCUUUGUUCAUCGGUUUAGAGCCACCUCCCUUCUGGAAGGUCUUGAAGGCAGCCGGUUCAGGUGGACUUUUCUUGUCAUCAGAUAGGGCCCUCUGUCUUUCGUCUUCAGCAACCAAGUGAUACACCACCCCCAUCGAAGGGAUAGGUGCAAUGGUUAUAGGAACAUUUUGGAAAAGGAAGAAUUGAGGACAUCUCAUCCCACAGUGUACGCAAUUUUGUAUAAUAAACUGAAACAGAGUUACCAUCUUGACGUGUGGCUGCAAUCUUCUGUUUCAACUCAUAUGCUCUUGGCGAACUCUCCUUUCCAAAGCGUUCAUGAAGAUCGUUCCAGAUUUCCGCAGCUGUGUUCGCAUAUUUCACACUAUCGCGUAUGCCCUUCUCCAUUGCAGUGGAAAUUCUCCAUCUCCUGCCUCCAAUCAGAAUAGUUUGCGUCGUUGCAAUGGGUUCGACGACUACGGCGGCGAGGGAAUAUGUGGAGAAGAUACGGAGGACGAAGUUCUCCAUCGACGGGGAAUCGAAUCCGUUUAUGGGGGAUCAUCAUCAUCAUCAUGCUGUUAAGAAUCUGUCUGCCAAGCUUUACACCAAGGACGUCCUUUUUCUAACGGAACUAAUCCAGAAUGCCGAGGAUAACGAGUAUCCAGAAGGAGUUGAUCCUUCCUUGGAAUUUGUGAUUACAUCAAAGGACAUAACAGAAACCGGAGCUCCAACGACAUUGUUAGUUUUCAACAACGAGAAAGGGUUUUCUGAUAAGAACAUUGAGUCGAUUUGUAGUGUGAGACUUUCUACUAAGAAAGGCAUUUGUCAGUAUGGUUAUAUAGGCCAGAGAAGUACAUUAUUCUUAUGUUUAUCUUAAUUUUUUAGUGUUAAUGUCAUUAAAUAGUAAUCAAGUUUCAACUUUGUUCCACCUUGAUACCUCAAACAUUUAUUUAAAAAGGUUUUACCACUCAA